CAAGAACUGAGAGCAGCUGAGAUGGGUCAAAUUCAGAAUCGUGGCGCCUUUCUCGGAGGUAUAAGUACUGCAUUGCCGACCCUCAUCCCGUGUCGUUCUGAAAUUGAGCUGAUCACGGCUGCUCUUCUACGGACACCGGAGGCAUUUGCUCGGAGUCUUGGACAGAGCGGCUGUUUAUUGGGUAUUCUUUUUCACACAUUCAUAUCAGCUGAGCAUCGCGCUUUUUCCCUCUCUCCCUUGUCUUCCUUCUAAAAAGCAAAGAAAGAGCCAGACAGCCACCGACUCCCAUCAUGCCCUCCAAAGGCGUAAAAUGCUUUGCCUACAUUGCUGUUUCCGGCAUCGAGAUCGAAUUCUCCGUCCCAAAACAGUCCGUCACAAAGCGACAUCCGGACCAAUUCACAAUCGACCAUCUCGAAGUCGAUUCCAAGCACCUCAGGGCCUUCAAGUUUUCGGGCAGAUUUAGUUUCAAGGUCCGCCGUGAUGGGCGACAGCUUGCUGAGCAAUGGGUUGACGUUAAUUCCAUGACUGGAGCGCUCGAGAACGGGACAAUGAAUAACAUGGACCAGACUCCGAGUAUCUUUGUGGAAGAUUUGAUUGUUGCGUAUGGAUUUUACGACGCAGGGCCUGGAAUCGCGGGAUUGCCGAAACAACAUCUGUGCUAUGUGACCGUGACGAAGAAUUACGAGGAUUGGAUGCGCGAUGUUGCCCCCCCGGAUACAGACAAAGCAGACCGGCCGUUCCAUAAGAUGGUGCUGCCGAGUAGCCACGACAUCGGGAUGAAUAGCCUGCAGACUGCGCAAGCUCUGCUACAGAAAUCGGGCACCGGUAUCAUCAAAGAAGUGCUUGGAAGAAGUCUCCCCAGCGCUUUCGAAGUGAUCAACAAAGUCUCCGAUAGCGCUAUCAACCAUAUCGCCCCCGACAUCAUCCGUGCGCUCGCUGUUACACAAAAAGACUCUCUCGACACUAUCCUCAAAAUUGGAGCCCGGUAUUUCGAAUUCCGUCCCGCACACUGUCAUCGCCAGAUGCAGAAAGUCAGUCCUCUAGAAGACACGGUGUAUUUCCAACAUGGCGCUAUCCCGGGAAUGUUGUAUAAGCAAUUCCUCCACGACAUCGUCGACUUCCUCGGCCACCACCGCGACGAGAUCGUCGUUGUGCAGAACCGCUGGGACGGCGUGCCAGCAGACUGUCCGCGGGCCUCGGACGACGAACUUCGCGAUAUAUUGAAUGAUGUGCUCAGGGAUAAGGAUCUGCAAGUCGGAAAUCAAGAUGAUAUGAUGAGGAUGAGUAUCAAGGACCUACGCAACGAACGCAAACGCCUCAUCAUCACACGUGACGUCAACCAAGUCUCUAACUACGACGACCUUGCCAACGCCACCCUCGACGGCUCCUCUAUGCUCGCUAAACUCGAAGAUAUGGGCCGGAAACCGCCAAAGGGACAUCCGAUUACCUUGCUGCAGUGCCAGGCUACGGCGACAAAUAUUAGGGAUGUUAUUGUUGCGAGUGUUCUAGAUAGCGAUGUUAGUACUAGUCCGCUGCUGGCUACUAAGCCGAUUUGCGAUCAGAAGAUAUUGCCGCUGCUGAGAGGGCAGACUGGGAGGGAUUUGACUAGGGAAGAGAGUGUGGUGGUGAUUCUGAAUGACUUUUUUGAUGGCGGGACAGCGGAUGUCGCUGUUCAGUUAUGCAGGGAGAGGAUUGGAUAGGGGAUGAAUAGUGGGAGGGAAGCGGG